CUCUCACAUCCUGCUGUCCAGGAUGUAGCCGUGCUGCUACGAGCAGCAGCUUCUCCUCAACAUGCCUGCAGCCAUGCACCUCACGCUGCUGCUGCUGCUGCUGCUGGGCCUGUUUGCUCUGGCUGUCUGCAAAGAUAACUCCACUUCCUCUGAAACAACCACAAAAGAAACGGAAACAACCACAACCGCUCCAACCCACACCAGUCUGGGUGCAAAAACUAAUCCUGUCACUUUGAGCGUGUCGGCAACCAGCAACACACAGAAAAACACUCAGACAACGAACCAGACGACCACCACAGAAGAAGUGUCAUCAUCACCACAGUCCUCCACUCCCCCACACACAACCAACAGGACGGAGCAAACACAUCCGAGUGAGACUUCAUCUUCUCCUGCUGCUCCAACCACCAACCAGACGACCAACGAGACUCAAACAUCGACCAUCAGCUCAACAUCAGAACCAUCAAACGUGACUGAAACCAGCAGCGUGAACACGACCAGCGCAGGUGUGUCUAAGGACUGGGGCCAGGAGGACCUGGCAGCCAACCCCGGCCUCGUCGCCGUCAUCUGCAUCUUCUGCAUCGUCUUCGUUCUGGUGCUGGUGGUUUUCACCGUCAAGUGUCUCCAGGCACCCAGGUCCAACUUUGAGAGGCUUGAAGACGUGCCGAUGGGUAAAGUCAACGAGCAGUCUCCGUUCGCCCAGCUCUCUAAGUGAACACUUCCUGUCUGACAGAACAACAACAGAAGAAAAAGAAGUUUCAUGUUUUUCUCUCAGGCUCUUAUUUCUUUACGAAGCACUUUUAUCAAUGACAGGAUUAAUGGAGCAUUUCUGCCUCAGCUUUGACCUUUGACCUGCUUGUUUCUCUGUUUCUAAUUCUACUUGUUGAAUCAAAUGUUGCACUAACUCUUCCUUCUGUUGAAAACAGAACAGAGAAGGAUACAAAUGUAAAUUGAUUGUUAAUGUUAAUGUUUUCACUUAAAAUAUGACGUCAGACGUCACAACACAGUAACUUUCAUGUUGAUUUAUGAAUCAUGUCAUCAACAGUGAACAGGAAGAUGUUUCCAGUGUUGAAAACAGAAAUCAGAGGCGAGGACUCAAGUCACAACUAGAGUCACAGACUGAAACCAGCAAAUCACAAAAUACCUGACUUUACCUUUGACCUUUUAUUUGACUUUAACACCAAUGACUCUGGACUUUAUUCAACUCAACUUGUGCCUUUUGAC